AAGUAUAACAGAAACAAAAACCUCUACCCCUCUCUCUCUCUCUCUUUCACAUCCAUCAGUUUCUUCAACCAAUGACAAUUAAAAAUUCCAACUAUUUUCAACUCAAAGCCAUUAUCUCAUCCCUACUAAUUCUAGCUCUCACCAUAACAUUUGCUGCAGCAGGUCGAAUCCUUGACAAGGAAGUAGCCACCCCCACCGUAGCUCCAGAAAAUCCUCAUCCAACUGAUCAGGCACCAGUUUCCGGGGCAACUGCGAGUGGCGCAGCUGCUGCAGUUACAGCAGGUGCAGCACCUGCAGCUACGGCAGCUGGUGCUGCCGUAGCCGGUGGAGCUGGUGCUGCGGAAGCAGGUGGUGCUGGUGCUUCUGUAGCUGGUGGUGCUGGUGCUUAUGAUGAUCAUACAUUUUCCUUCUUCAUGCACGAUAUUCUCGGAGGAUCAAAUCCUUCAGCUAUAGCCGUUACAGGAAUUGUAACAAACCCCGCUGUGAGUGGUCAAGUCCCAUUCGCAAAACCAAACGGUGCAGUUUUAGCAGUUGACAACGGUGUCCCUACUAACAAUGCCAACAGUGGAAUUAUCAGCAACAACAACAUCCCUUUCCUUACUGGCCUAAGCGGCAUAACAUCUAAUCUUGUUAACCAAAACAGUAAUGGAAUAAUCGGUGGAGGCAACGGUUUACCAGCAAUUAAUUUACAGCAAUUAGGAUCAGGGAUUAGUUUCCAGAAGCUGAUGUUCGGUACGUUGACUGUAUUCGACGAUGAGUUGACCGAAGGACACGAGCUUAAUUCAGGUUUAAUUGGGAAAGCUCAAGGAUUUUACGUUGCUAGUUCGGAAGACGGGUUGAGCCAAACGAUGGCAUUUACUGUGAUGUUUAAGAGUGGAAGUUAUGCUGAUAGUUUGACUUUUUUCGGUGUUCAUAGAAUGGGAGUUUCGGAAUCACAUCUUGCUGUUAUGGCUGGUACUGGAAAGUAUGUUAAUGCUAAGGGAUUUGCUACUGUUAAGACUUUUCCGGCUACUAAUCAGGCUCAAGAGACAGAUGGUGUGGAGACUGUGUUGUAUAUUACUGUGUAUCUUGCUUAUUAGUGUGUUUAAGUGAUUGAUUUGUAAUUCUGGUGUGUUUUGCUCAGUGAUUGGAUGAAAAAUAUUGUAAUUUUGUCUCCUCGAAAAUUUAUUGUAAUUAUAAGUUUAAGCUCCAAUUUGAUAGGAAAUGGCUUCUACUUCUGUUAAAACUUAAAUCUGCUCAACCCAUGUCUUUUUUUUUUUUUUUUUUUUUUUUUUUUUUUAAAUUUUAAUAUUGUACUCUUUUACAUUUUUGUAAAUAAGAAAUUGACUCUCCGACUGUGGGGCAUGCGAUUGAUUUUUGAUUCCUUGGGCUAUUAUAAGUAUUCAAUUAAAAAGUCUUAG